AUGAACACUUCCAUCUUCUCAUGGCUUGUUCUUUCUAUAUCCACCAUCUCCAUCUUCUCCGAUGUUGCUACGGCUUCAGCUUCAGCCCGGUGUCCCGGCAUCGACCAAAGAUCGCUCUUGCUCGAGCUGAGAGACAGCCUCGUCUUCAACGCCUCCCAGUCCUCCAAGCUAGUAUGGUGGAACCGAAGCGCUGAUUCAUGGAGUGGCGUGACGUGCAAGGACGGGCUCGUCGUGGGACUCGAUUUGAGUAGUGAGUCGAUCUCUGGCGGAAUCAACGGUUCGUCGAGCCUCUUCAAGCUCGAGUUCCUUCAAAGCCUGAACUUGGCGUUCAACGAUUUCGACUACUCAGCGAUUCCGUCUGACCUCGCGAAUCUCAGCCGCUUGGUACAUCUCAACUUGUCCAAUGCUAGAUUUGACUGGCAGAUUCCGGCGGAGCUAUCGCGCCUGACGAAGCUACGUACUCUUGAUCUCACUAGUCUUUAUUACUAUGGAUCGGCUUUGCUGGUCCUUGAGAAGCCCCAUUUGAGGUCGCUGAUUGGGGAUAUGGGGGAGUUGAGAGAGCUGUACCUUGAUGGGGUCGAUGUGUCUGUUGAGGGAAGUGAGUGGUGCGACGCGUUGUCUUCUUCAGUGCCGAAACUUGAGGUGUUGAGCAUGUCUUCCUGUUCUCUAUAUGGUCCUAUCAGCGCUUCUCUUAUGAGUCUGGCUAAUCUGUCGGUCAUUCGACUCGAUGACAACAACUUGUCUACCACAGAUCCUAGUAUCUUAGCGAAAUUUUCCAGCUUGAAAACUCUGAGCCUAAGUGAUUGUGGCCUACAGGGGGAAUUUCCUCAAAAAAUCUUCCGGGUACAAACACUUCAGACCCUUGACCUCUCAUUCAACGAACUGCUUCAGGGUUCUUUGCCAAUAUUUCCGGAGAAUAGUUCUCUUCAGACACUGGAUCUUAGUUUCACGAAUUUUUCCGGGAGGCUCCCAGAUUCAAUUGGUAAGCUUAGGAAUCUAUCAAGAAUAGAAUUGGAGCGAUGCAACUUUGAUGGAAAUAUCCCAAGCUCUUUCACCAAUCUCUCGCGAUUGUCUUAUUUGGACUUGUCAUUCAACAAUUUUAGUGGUUCAAUUCCAUCACUCAGCAAGUCCAAGAAUCUGACACAAAUUACUUUGUCCUACAAUAAUCUAACUGGUCGGAUCGAUUCAACCCAAUGGGAAUCCCUCUUGAGUCUUCUUAUUCUCGACCUACAAUUCAAUUUACUUGAAGGAAAUAUUCCUUCGUCUCUAUUUAAGCUUCCAUUGAUUCAGGAGCUUCAACUUUCCGACAAUCGAUUUUCUGGUCAAGUGAAGGUACCUAUUAAUACCAAAUCACACAAACUGAAUACACUUGAUUUGAGCAACAACAAUAUAGGAGGAGGACUGCCAAAGUUUAUAUGGGAACUCCGAGGGCUCAACUACCUCUCACUUUCUUCCAAUAAUUUCAGUGGCUCAUUUCACAUUAAUUUGGUUCAGCAACUGAGAAACCUUUCCUAUUUGGAUCUUUCCUACAAUCAUUUUUCGAUUGACGCCACAAACACUACUGCCCUGGCGUCUUCAUUUCCUGUCAUUAAAACUUUAAAGAUGGUUUCCUGCCAGUUGCGGACAUUGCCUCAGUUUUUGGCUAACCAGUCCGAAUUGGAAUCCCUUGACCUCUCCCACAAUUAUAUUCGAGGGAAAAUACCACGAUGGAUAUGGACGCCAACAAAUCUUUCGUAUCUCAAUCUUUCCUCUAAUUUCUUUGAAGAUUUGGAAACACCUCUGGGCAAUCUUACUAUGAGUAUGCUUUUCGUUGACCUCCAUUCAAACAAGCUCCGAGGGAAUAUGCCACCCUUGCCGGCAUAUGCUUACUACUUGGAUUUCUCAAGUAACAGCAUAAAUUCUGUUAUUCCAGAUGACAUUGGCAACAACCUACCAUACAUGAUGUUCUUCUCCCUUUCGAAGAAUAAUAUCCAUGGGUCCAUCCCGCAGUCUAUUUGCGCAGCUGGUUAUUUUAAUAAUCUCGAAGUGCUCGACUUAUCGCAUAAUCAUUUGAAUGGAACUAUUCCUGAUUGUUUAAUGAUUGAGUCCCUCAAGGUAUUGAAUCUGAGGGAUAACCAGUUGAAUGGUAAUAUUCCACAAAACAUCCUGAGAACAUGCAAUCUGAAGACAUUGGAUAUCAGUGAGAAUUUGUUGCAAGGGCAUAUUCCGUUGUCGUUGGCAAAAUGCACGAUGUUGGAGAUUGUGAACAUCGGGAACAAUCAAAUAGACGGGACAUUUCCAUGCUAUUUCGAGGCUAUAUCAAGUCUCCGUAUCCUUGUUUUAAGAUCCAACAAAUUGCAUGGGGAAAUUAGAUGUCCGCAUAGUCCAAGCACCUGGCAGAUGCUUCAAAUCAUUGACCUGUCUUCAAACGAUUUCCGCGGAACACUGCCUACAAGUCUCCUCACAUCUUGGGCGGCUAUGAAGGCCAAUGUAGACUUCAAUCGUCUGCAGUAUCAGUUUUCCCAACUGAGUGGGGUCUAUUAUCAAGAUACAAUAAGUGUAACUUCGAAAGGUUUUCAGCUAGAACUCGUCAAGAUUAUGACUGUUUUCACAUCGAUUGACUUCUCAUGCAAUAAAUUGGAGGGUGCAAUACCAGACACACUUGGAGAUCUCAAAGCACUUCAUGUCCUCAACCUAUCGCACAAUGCCAUCUCGGGUACAAUUCCUCCUGUUUUGGGGAAUCUGGGUCAGCUUGAGUCGCUAGACCUGUCAGGCAACUACCUCAAUGGAACCAUACCGGCUCAGCUUGCAAAUCUAAAUUUCCUUUCCUCCCUGAACCUCUCAAACAAUCAACUUGUAGGAAGUAUCCCGACAAGCGGACAGUUUCUCACGUUUUCCAGAAGUUCUUUCGAAGGAAACCUUGGAUUGUGCGGGCUUCUGCUCAACAGAAAUUGCUCAAUUACCACGAACUGGACGAAAGAUGCUGGUGACGAUGGCGACAAUGAUGAUAGCGAGAAGAAGUGGUUUUACAUGGGCAUACUGCUUGGAUCUGGGGCUCGAGCUCGGUGCUGCGAUGGAGCUCAAGCUCUCCAGAUCUGGGGGCUCGAGUUCGUCGCCGCGGCGGAGCUCAAGGUUGUCGAGGUCGACGGCAAACAAAGCAAGCGAACAGAGUCUAACGAUGCUGACAUCAGAUUUGGCGUUGAACACAUUUCUUGUGUGGGUGAUGAAUAA